AUGACACUAUAAACAUUUGGAACAAUCAAAUUUCAAACAAUGAACAAACUGAAUUCAUUGUACAAAUUAAAGAGGCUGAUGAAAUGAUUAAUGAUUUAGUAUUCACGCAACCUCAUUAUGAAAUGCAUCCGAGUGCAAUAUAUAUUAUUUCGAUAAUUUUUGUCAAACUUACAUUUUCCUUCAAUUUUUCUAAAGAUUACCGAGAGAACACAGAAAGUUUACUUGUCAUAGAUCCAUUCCAGAUCUCUCAGACUAAUUCUAGUGAAGAAGAAUAUGAUAAACAUGCUCAAUCCAUUGAGAUGGAGAUUGAAGAAAUGUCUAAUCUUGACGAGGAUGUUGGUUGUCAAUGGAUCGAUGUUACUGGCUUACCUGCACAAACGUCUCAUUUAAGUGACACUUUAAAUCCGGAUGGUUUUCUUUGUGAGGGAAGUUUGGUUUUAAACAGUAGCAAUGAUCUUCAAUGGGAGUUGACUAAUUAUACUACCUCAUACGGAUAUCCUGUUUCUCGAGUAAAAUGUAAUUUUAUCAAAAACUGGGAUUCCAAUAAUUAUGAUUAUAUAAAUUAUACGUUACAUAAUAAUUUGUCCUUUGUAACGGAACCUUGUACUCGUGGUCAAUCUGGUCCUUUGCGUGAUUGGUAA